AUGAAUACACAACAAUCGUCUGGAGACAAUGCGAUUGUUGGAGGAAAAUUCAGCAGCAAUGCACAGCCACGAAAGCCUGCCAAUUUCGAUAAUACGAAAAAGUUCCAGCCGAAACAAUACAAGAAAAUAUUCACAGAAUAUGUUUCGGAUGAAGAGGCAAACGCUGGACUUUUGGAUAAAACAAUGUUCAAAGGAUCGAUAAGAAUAAAUCCGAAAAACUAUCAAGAAUGUUUUCUUGACAAUCCGAAAGGAACAAUAUUUCCUGAUGUUUUGUGUGCUGGACAAGAUCGAAAUCGAGCAAUGCAUGGAGAUAUUGUUCUAGUCAAAUAUAAAAAUCGCUUGGACUUUUUGAUAAACUUUGGAGAAUAUCUAAAAUGGUGGAAAUCAAGCCCAAAGGGAGAUCAAGGUCGAAAACCAGCAAAAAAAGAUGAAAAACGAACUCUGAAGCAAGAAAUUGAUGAAUAUAAAAUUGAUAGUGAUUCAGUUCCGGAUAAUUGCCUAAUUCCAACCGGUUCAGUGGUCCGAAUCGAAGAAAAACGACAUCAUCGUGUUGCAGCGGGAAAACUGCAAUUAAUGACCAAUAAUGCGUAUAAUGUUCUAUUUGUUUCGUCAGAUUCAAGAAUUCCUCGAAUAAUGAUACCAAGAUCAGAUGUUGAUCCUGAAUUCUUCAAUAGACCAGCCGAUUUUGAACGAUUUUUAUAUACUGCAAAAAUGACAGAUUGGAGAACUGAAUCUAUAUAUGCUGAUGGUCGUUUAGUUAAAUUACUAGGUGAAAGUGGAACUAUUGGGGUAUGUUAAGUUCUAAUUCUCUGCUAACUAUUAAAAUCUUGAAUCAUUUUUCAGCCAGAAACUGACAAAAUCAUUUUCGAAAAUCAAAUCGAUAAUCGCGAUUUCUCCGAUGGUUGUCUUGCAAGUCUUCCAAUCACAGAAGCUUCGGAAUGGAAAAUUCCAGAAGAGGAAUUCAAAUAUCGCCGAGAUUUCAGAAAUGAUAUGGUUUUCACAAUUGAUCCCAAAACUGCGCGAGAUUUAGAUGAUGCAUUAUCGAUUAAUCAUAUUGAUGAUUGUGAUGGAAAAGGAACACCUGGAUUUGAAAUUGGUAUUCAUAUUGCAGAUGUUACUUAUUUUGUGAAAGAUUUGACUGAAUUGGAUAAAUGGGCAGAGCAAAGGGGAAAUUCGACGUAUUUAGCUCAGAUGGUGAUUCCAAUGCUUCCACGAAUUCUUUGUGAACAACUUUGUUCAUUGAAUCCUGGAGUUGAUCGACUAUCAUUUUCAACUGUUGUAAAAGUCAAUUAUGAAGCUGAGGUUUGUUUUAAAAAACAGUUUAUAAGGGAUUUACAUCAGGUUGAUAAUGGCUCUGAGAAAUCGUCUCUCGUAGAACUGAAUGCGCUGAUCACGAUUUCAGAGUUCAAAAUUGCAGAACUCAAAUCCUAAUAUGUGUUGUGACGUGGCAAAGUAUGAAGCAUUUGAAAAGUCGUGACUUCAGAAGAUUAUAACAAGCUUUAAAAAUGAUUUUCAUAAAAAUCUGAUAGCGUGGCGUUGUUCAGGAUAAGUAUAGAAGUUCAUUAAGAAAUCCGAACAGAAAAGUUUGAAAUCCGCGAAAAAUAAUCUUAUAAACGGCUAAAAAAUGAAGAAAUCAAGUCAUAAAAAUAUUUUUUGCGGGUUUCAAACUUUUCUGAAAAAUUCUACGGAUUUCUUAAUGAACUUCUAUACUUAUCCUGAACAACGCUAGGCUCUCAGAUUUUCAUGAAAAUCAUUUUUGAACCAAGUUAUAACCUUCUGAAGUCCCGAUUUUUGAAAAUUUGCCACGUCAUAACUCAUAUUAGAAGUUGAGUUUUGUAAUUUUAGACAACUUGAUCGUGAUCAGCGUGUCGAGUUCUAUAAAGUACGAUUUUCUUACUUUUCGAAAGCCGUUGUUAAAAAUUAAAAAAAAAAACUGAAAAAAAGUAAUUUCCAAACGUGAAGUUUUCACGUAAUUUACAAAAAAAAACAUUAUUCAUUUCAAAAAAAUUAGAAAAAAAGCGAAAAUGCUUAAAGAAUGGAUAUUUGUACAACAAUAAUAAACAUAAUAAACAAUCGACAAACAUUUGUAAUAAUCUAGUUUUAUCUCUUUUUGACGACAAAAUGAAUUGACAGAAAAAAGAAGAAGAACUUUAUAUUUUCACUCUCAGAUCAAAGAUGUGUGGUUUGGUCGAACAAUAAUUCGAUCGCGUGUCAAACUUGCUUAUGAACAUGCUCAAGAUUUCAUCGAAAACCCGGAAAAAGAUUUCGCGCCCGAAGAAUUGCCUGAAAUAUCUGAUGGAGUUUUGCCAUAUGAGAUUAAAGAGAAGGUUCUUAUGCUUCAUCGAGUUGCUCAGAUUAUGCGAGCAAGGCGGGAAGAAAAUGGAGCACUUCGAAUUGAGCAACCGAGAUUGAAGUUUUCUGUUGAUCCAGAGACGAAGCAGCCAAUUGGAGUUAGCGUAUAUGAGGUUUAAUAUUAAAUUUUAAAAAUGAAAAUAAAAAUCUAUCUUCCAUUUUUUUUCAGAUUCGAGACUCAAACAAACUCGUCGAAGAAUUCAUGUUGCUUGCAAAUAUGGAAGUUGCUAAGAAAAUCGAAAAAGAGUUUCCAGAACACGCUUUUCUUCGAAAUCAUCCACCACCAAAGGAAAAGAAGAUGAAAGAAGCCGCGGAAUUAUGCGCGAAAAUUGGUUUUACACUUGAUGGAAAUUCAUCAUCGCUUCUCGCGAAUUCUUUCAAAAAAUAUAAUCAGAAUUCGAAGUUGCAUAUGUGUAUUAGACAGGUUAGGGGACAUUUUGGGGGUAUAUUUCACCUCCAAGAUCCGGUGGAAUAAAAUCAUGUGAAAAAUAAUUUAGGUGAUCUCAUCUAUCACAAUCAAACCAAUGCAACAAGCUAAAUACUUCUGUGUUUCGGGUCAGGAUUAUUAUCGACAUUUUGCACUCAAUGUUGAAAGGUGAAUAUUUUGGGGUUGAUUUCGUCAAGGAUCAGUGCCUAGAGAGCAUAGUUGUCAAGUGACAACGCCUUGAAAAUUCAAAUGUCAAGGAUUAUCGCCUAUAGAGUCUAGUUGUCAAGUAGCCGCGCCUUCAGAACUAGUAUGCCAAGUAGCCGCGCCUAUACAUCCUAGGUUCCAAGUAGCCGAGCCUAGAAAAUUACAUUCUCAAGUAUCAGCGCCUAGAGAGCAUAUGAAAUCAUAAUUCGCACAGAAAAAUUUUUUAGUCUGUAGUUUCAGAUUCUGAAUGUGCUAAGGUCAAAAUUUUGAUUUUUCAUAGUGAUUUCACAACUUCAAAACUUUUUGCAUUAAAAAUUCCACAUUUUCAAAGUCAAAGUUCAGAUUUUUACAUAUUUCCUCUCCAUAACCCCAAUCAAAAUUUUCCUAAAGUUUAUAAUGAGCAAUGACUUCAAUAAUGUUCAGCCUAAAGAAAAGAAAUAUUUAGGUUUUCAGACUUCCCCUUCAUAAUUUCCCCUCAAUUUUCCAGAUAUACCCAUUUCACCUCCCCAAUCCGUCGUUAUCCCGAUAUGAUUGUUCAUCGUCAACUUGCCGCAUCUCUUGGAUAUUGCUCUCCACCAUCUCAAAAUGCAGAAGAGCUUCAACAAAUCGCCAAUCAUUGUAAUGAAACAAAACUUGCAUCGAAAACAGCUUCAGAAGCAUCUUCGGAGUUGUAUUUUGGAGUUUUUGUUCAUGUAAGUUGCGGGUUAAUUUUUUGUAGCGAAGUUUUCUGUUUUCAGGCUUCGGGAAAAUUCCAAUCACAAGCUGUUGUUAUUGGCGUCAUGGAUAAAGCAUUUGAUGUGAUUAUUGUGAAUUAUGGUGUUGUUAAACGGGUUUAUUGUGAUGUGAGUUAAUUUUGAGACCUGAGAUUCAAAAAAAUUCUCGAUUUUUCCAGAAACUUAAAGCAAGUAUCAAACAAUAUGAUGAAAAUGGAGAUAAAUUGGUUUUGGAAUGGCUGGAAGAUCCAGAAGCUGAGCCAGGAAAUCGCGAGAAAUUCGAAAGUGUAGGCUUUUUUCUUUUUCAAAAUUGAGAGCUUCUGAUUUUUGUGGGCCAGAGUGAAUUUUGAUUUAAAAAAAUUAAAUUUGAUUAUUUUUUGGUGCUAAAAAUUUGGAUUUUUUUGAAAAAUAAUUUUUUUUCGGAAUUUUGGCUUCCAGAAAUCUAUUGAAUCCUGGGUUUUAGCUACGUGGAUUUUUUCUUUUUUUUUGAAAAAAAAUUCGAAUUUUUGAAAAUAAUUUUUUUCCAAAUUUUUGGCGUCACAAAUUUACAGUAACCCGACUUUUUUUCAGCCACGUGGAUUUUUUUGGUGCUAAAAAUUUGAAUUCUUGAAAAAAUAAAUUUCUGGAAUUUUGGGCGAUAUAAAUAAAUCUUUGGAAUCCUGAUUUUCAGCCACGUGGAUUUUUUGCGCAAAAAAUCCUGAAAAAUACAAUUUUUGGAAUUUUGGCUUCCAGAAAUCUAUGGAAUCUUGAUUUUCGGCCACGUGGAUUUCAAAAAAAAAUCACUAUUUCUAUCUUUCUAAUAACAAUAGUUGACCUAGACGUUUUUUUUCAGACAAUUCAAAUCUGCACAGUCGUCGAUGUCGAAAUCUAUCCACUAAAAGAAGUCGACGUCGGCGCUGUCAUUCUUCGCCCAACACUUUUACAACGUGGAAAAUAUUCGAAAACUCUUCGACAAAUGUUUGAUGAAGGAGAUAACACGCUGGAAUAA